AUGACGUUUAACAUCACAAUUGAUCAUACAAGUUCUCACGACUCAGAUAAUUCGUCUCUAAGCGACGAGGACUCCUCGGGUGUUCAGGUCUCGCCGCCGUCAAUUACUGGUAGUCACGAUUAUCAAGACUCGUAUGAUGUUGGAGGCGAAUGGGCGCAUUUGCCGUAUCCUGAUGAGAUAAAGCCGUCCGAUUCAGCCUCUAGACCAAGGACAUCACGCCAUACUCGCCAUACAAUUCAUAAUUCUCGAUCCAGAUCAAGUCGUCGUUAUUCGAGGCGCGAUAUACUCCCGGAGCGGGAAUCGCUCUCCCAGAGGCCAAGGCGCCACCAUUCUCCCGAGUCUCCUGAAAGUGUGGACUCGGAUGAAGAAUUUGUGGGCACUUACGCGCGGCCGCCACCAGACAGGCGCUACUGGUCAUCUGUCGCUCCGAGGCCAGUUGGCGGAUAUGCACACAGCUCGUCUUCAGGACCCUCCUACAAUGUUUAUCACCAUGGUGGCAUUCCUCAUGGCCCUUUCGGACAUCCCGGAGGGUCUCAUCCUCCUUCUGACCAACUGGUAAGGUUUGGUCACCUGGGACAUCCAGGCAGUUCUACACAAUACGGGAACCCGUCACCUUAUGGAUAUGGUCCACCAUAUCCUCACACACACACAGCUCCUGUACCUCCCUUUUUUGGUCAUGAUCAUCAUUCUGGACACUCAGCACAUCACUUGCAUCAGCAACCGCAGCCUCGAAAUCGGAGCGGUGGGCAUAGCCCGCCCCAGCCGCCGCCGCCACAUCCGGUACCUUCUCAUGGCAAUCCUCCUUAUGGAGGCUCACCAUUCAGUCCCCCAGAUCUCAUAACGUAUGGCGCCGGAGGUUAUUUCUACAACCAAGCCUAUCCGGUAGUUCCUGGUGGGAUGGUUCCUCCGCAGUACUUUGGCCAAUUCCCGCAUUUGUCGUCUCCGCCCCAGAAGUCUACCACUCCACCACCAUCACAAUCAGACACGGCCAAAGACGAAGCCAUUGCAAGACUGGAGAAGUUAAUCCUAGAUGAGCGGACAGAACGAGAGGCAAGAGAAGCUGCGCGCGAGGCGGCCCUCGAAAAAGCUGCUGCGGAAAAGGCUGCCGCAGAAGAACGGGCUGCUGCGGAGAAGAAAAUAGCUGAAGAAGCGGCAGCGAAGGCCAAGGCAGAAGCAGAGAAAAAGGCUGCUGAAGAUAUUGCUAAAGCAAAGAAAGAAGCAGAAGAAGCUGCGAAGAAAGCAGCAGAAGAAGCUGCUGCCGCUGCAGCGGCGGAGGCAGCAGCGGCGGCAGCAGCAGCAGCGAAUAACCCUCCUCCGGAAAAGAAGAAACCUAUCAAAUUCAAGGACGCUGUUGGCAGGAAAUUUAGUUUCCCUUUUCACUUGUGCAAGACGUGGCAGGGGAUGGAAGAGCUUAUUCGUCAAGCUUUUCUUCAUGUCGAGGUUAUAGGACCACACGUUGCUGAAGGGCAUUAUGACCUAGUUGGACCGAACGGUGAUAUCAUACUUCCACAGGUUUGGGAAACUGUGAUAGAACCUGAUUGGACCAUAACGAUGCACAUGUGGCCAAUACCAGAGAAGCCAAAGGAUCCUGACCCUCCUCCACCUCCGCCGCCGGCGGCGCCGGCUCCUGAAGAAAAUGCUACCGUCGAGGAGCCGAAGAAAAAGCCAGACGGAGCAGCUUCAGGUCCCAAGAAAUCACGACCUCGAGGGCCCGAUCCUGGAUCCUUCGCGAUGUGGAUGGCCGGUAGCAACCGGGCAAAGUUAAACAAGACUUUAAAAGUGGAAAAAAAGCCUGAAAUUGUGCAGCAACACGGCGACACUUGCGGUGUUAUGUGA